AUGGGGAAGCUUAAAAGAAGUAAGAAUAACAGAAAAUCAAGGAGUAAUCCUCUUGGCAGAAAGAAUUCUGAUAAUCAAGACCAUAAAGAUGAACAGUUGCGUCAAUCGAAGGUCUUACCUUUAAUUAGCAAGUUGUCUUCUACCGCUGCGAAUGAUAGAUCUCUUGCAUUGAGCGCAAUUACUGUCCUUUCUGAAGAUGAGCGCAUGAGAAAACUUUUGCUUAAGGAAAAAUUAAUCAGCAUUGUCAUGGAGCAAUGCUUGAAUGACUCUAACGAUGAAAUUGUUGUUGAAUCCUUCGGUUUAUUGAGAAAUAUUGGCAUAGAAGAGGGAUACAGUUCUGUAAAGCAUAUGUGGAGAUCUGACAUUUGGACAGCAAUUGAGCAUUCUUUGCUGAAGAUUAAGACUUCAUUCGAGUUUCUAGGAGAACACAGCGAGGAGAAACAAGACAAGUCAAAAAUUCAGUUGCUACUUGACUUCACGGAGAAUAUAUUAUCUUUAAUUAUUGUGAUUCUGCAAGAAGGUGAGGAAUUUGAAGAUAAGAUAGUAGACAACAUAGAUUCGUCUUUAGAAUUGGUUGCUAAUCUCAUAAACUCAGGAUCUCAAUAUAAAUUUGUUACCCUGAAACUAAUCACUAGUGCAUUAGAAUACAUUUACGAAUUCACUUCAGACUCCUUGAAAUUUAUUCAGAAGUUAGAACAAAAUGGGUUGUUCCAACUACAGAAGAUUAAUGAUAUUUCUUCUGCUUCUAAUAAUAAACUUGAUGAAGUAUACUUUCAAGGAAUAAAAUUUAACAUCUUGGAAGCCUUGGGCCAAUAUGAAGACAAGGAAGAACUUACAUCACAGAUAUUGAUCAGUUUAUUUGACAUUACUACUACAAUUGACAUUGAUAAUUUACAAUUAAAGAACAAGUCUUUAGAUAAUGCCUUAGAACCUAUUCAAAAUGGAAAAGAGGUUAGUCAUCAAUUAUCAGGUGAUGACAACGCGACUAUAAAUGUGAAAAAUGAGUUAGCAUGCCUAGAAGUAUCUUUGGAUAUAAUUACGUCAAUUGUCGAAUUUGCAUCAUUUAAUGAAACCGGCGAGCCUAUCCAGUUAAGUGAUAAAUUACUAUUCACUUUAAUGACAAAGACCUACCCUUUAAUCACAGAACUAUUAAAAAAAGAAAAUUCAGUAUUGCCUCUUGAGAAAGAACUAACUACGUUGAACAACUUAUGCUGGAUGUUUUUGACCUGUGUGUCAAUUCCCGUUGAAUGGUAUGAAAAAAGCUUAGCAGCUUGGGAUAUAGUCGUUCAGAGGACUCAAGUUCUGGAAGAUUAUCAAAUUCAAGCUUUAGGCUUAAAUAUUUUGUGGGCUAUUGUGAAAGCUAUUGGACCACAAGUUCAGACAAAGAUAACCAAGGAUAUGAUUACGCUGUUAAUUAGCAAGUGCGAACAGUUGCAAGAUAUUGACAGUAUUCAGUUUGUACUAUCAGCCGUUGGUUUCUUAGGAAGCAUAGCGCCCGUUAUAGGCGAUAUAGAGAGUGUUUCAAACAUCUCGCGUUUUAUUGUCGUUACUAUUCAACACUUUAGUGAGGUCCAGGAGCCAACAGCUACGGAAGUGUGUAUUGAGGGUUUAAAUCUGCUUUAUGAUAUUUUUGGAGACAAGGAAUUUGACUAUGAUGAGCCGGUUUUUGUUCAGCAGAAUUAUAUUGGCAAAUUGCAAGAGAUUGAACCCAAGAUACUGAAGAUGUAUAGGCUGAUAGACAAAAAUAAAAACCAGCAAUUGAAAUUGAGAGCUGAAGAAGUAUGGAUCAAUCUACCUCGUUUUAUAGAAUAUAAGAUCAAAGAGUAA